AUGUCCGGCCCAAACCUUCACAACGCUCUCCUCCGCCCUCCGAUCAUCCAAAUCCUCCGCGCUCAAGGCUUCCACUCCACACGCCCCUCAGUCUUAGAAUCUAUCCAGGACCUGACUGGCCGGUAUCUGAUUAUUCUCGCCUCAUCUGCAGCUGAGCAUGCUGCCAAUGCGCACCCAUACGACCCAGUUCCGGACCUCGAAGACAUCUAUCAAGCUCUGCAGGACGCAGGAGCCAUACGGCCACAAUUACGCGAAUGGGAAGAGGAAUGGCAGGGAGAAGAAGAUAUGCGUGGUCUUGAUGCGUUCCUCAGCUGGAUCACUGGCCCUGCCCACCGUGAAAUCCGACGUGUUGCCGGCUUUGUUCCCAGCGAGGGUGACAUGGUGGACCCCGACGCCGUUGAAAAGGAGGAUUACUUGACCGCGUUGAAGAAGAAACACAGUAAGACUGGCGAGGAGUCGCGCUACGCUGGAACUGUUCUGGGAAAACACGCCGAGGAGCACCCUGUCGUCAUCGAGGGUGGUGCCCCCAGCAUCCAAGACUGGGGUGUACAGGUUCGUGCCCGGGCUUCAGAGACGACAGAGAGCGACAGCUCAGGUGUGAGCAGCGCACCAAGUCAUCUCUCUGAUGAUGAAGCGAUGGGAGCGUGA